AUGGUCGCGGGCACGGACGGCAAGACUUCCCCCGUGAUCUCGCUGGUGGCCGGCGGGAUCGCGGGAGGUGUCGAGUCGGCUUGCACAUACCCGUUCGAGUUCGCGAAGACGCGCGUGCAGCUCUACGGCCACGAGGGCAUCAGAAACCCGUUCAUGGUCGUGGCCAAGGUUGCGAGGGAAGAGGGACUACGCGCGCUGUACAAAGGGUGCUCGACUAUGAUCGUGGUAUGUGUUAUAUCAUUGUCUCAUUCGCCUAUCGAUCUAAUUUCUGUCUUGUCUUUUACCCUUUUACCUUGCUGCCUUGAUAUAUUCCUUCGCUUCCUUCCCGACGACCAGCUUGUCAUUCCUUCGGUGUCCGCGGGGAAGAUGUCAUGCUUCUCGGGCAAUUACCAAUUCCCCGAGAAGCCUCUUACGUGGAUGUGGGAGAUAUCUGACCCGCCGCUCCUAUCCGCGCGGCUGCAGGGUUCCAUCGGCAAAGACGCAGUGCGCUUCGUCACCUUCGAUAGCAUCCGCUCACUCUUCGAGGACCCCGAGACUCACCGGUCGUCCACCGCGCAGUCCAUCGCUUCUGGCAUGCUCACCGGCAUCCUCGCCUCAACCCUAAUCGUCACGCCCAGCGAACGUAUAAAAACGGCCCUAAUCGACGACUCCCGCACGACCCAACGCUUCCGCUCGCCCCUGCACUGCAUCAGCACCCUCAUCCACACGCAAGGCCUCCGGCGCGCCCUCUACUCCGGGUACAUCCCCACAACCCUCAAACAAACCGGGACAACCGGGUUCCGGCUCGGGACCUACGCCGCUUUGAAAGACUGGGAGUCUUCCCACUUCGGCGCCUCCCUCGCCGUGUCCAGCACAAGUAUAAGUUUCGCGAACGGGGCGGUAGCAGGAACGAUAACGACGCUCGCGACGCAGCCGUUCGACACGGUGAAGACGACGGCGCAGCAGGCGAAGGUGGUGAGUUUGGGGGAGUGCGUAAGGGGGAUAUACCGCGAGGACGGGGUGAGGGGGUUUUGGAGGGGGACGGUGAUGAGGUUGGGGCGGACGGUGAUGGCGGGGGGGAUCCUGUUUGCGGCGAAUGAGCAGGCUUUGAGGGGGUUGAAGGCGGUUUUUGGGUAGGUGUGUAGGGAAUAGAUAGGGGUUUAGAUACCUAGGAAGCUGUACAUGAGCAAAUCGGUAGGUUUAAGGGGUAGAGAGAAGUAGAUAGGUACCUAGGUAGGCGUAGAUAUGUAGAGGUUAGAUACCGCGUAGACUUAGAACCAGGGGGGAAGUCUUAGAAAGUAGCACAUAUAUAAGGAGACUUAAGAUUUAU